GGUGGCACCGCUGGGCUGUGCAACUGCCCCGGCCCUGGGCAAUGGAGGACAGAAAGGGGCGGCGGGGGAAGGGGGGGAAGUCUUGGCGCGUUCAGCUGAAGCUCCCACAGCAGGACGCAUGUAUGCAUUGCUGCCAGAGGUGAAGCGAAGUGAAGGGGAAGGGAGGUGAAGGUGCAGGAGUCGACCAGGAAGGAAGAAGUGCCCGCAGUAGUAGUAGUCCGUCCAUCUCAUCAUCAACCCUACAUCGCCUGCUACUUUUGCUACGGGCGUUGUGUGCAUUACUCUCUCUCUCUCUCUGAAUCCAUACCCGCUGGUGUGCUGUCUCUGGAGAUGCCGCGUGAAAUUAUAACGCUACAAGUAGGCCAGUGUGGGAAUCAGUUAGGAUGCCGAUUUUGGGAUAUGGCAUUAAGAGAGCAUGCCUCUUGUAACCCGAAUGCCCUGUUCGAUCACGCCCUCAGCAGCUUCUUUCACAACGUCGACAGACGUUACACGCCACCUCAAGAGCUGUCUGUGGGCGCUGGAAACACUCCUAUUCGCUUCUUGAAGGCUAGGGCAGUUCUUAUAGACAUGGAAGAAGGGGUCGUCAACCAGCUUCUGAAGGGAUCCCUUGCAGAAUUGUUUGACAGCAAACAAUACAUUACAGGCGCUUCUGGCUCUGGGAACAACUGGGCACAAGCACAUGAAGUGCACGGACCACAAUUUUCUGAUGCUAUCCUUGAGAAAGUCAGAGGCGAGGCGGAACUUUGUGACUCGCUCCAAACAUUUGUGAUGAUGCACUCAAUCGGAGGCGGCACCGGAUCUGGUGUCGGGAGCUACAUUUUGGAAACACUCCACGAUGCCUAUCCAGAGGUUUAUCGCUUCACGCAAAGCAUAUUUCCGUCUGCCGAUGACGAUGUGAUUACUUCGCCUUACAACAGCCUUCUGUCGACCAUGGCACUCACUGAGCACGCUGACUGUGUUCUCCCCCUCGAGAACCAGGCCUUGCUAGACAUCAUCAGAAAAAAUGAUGCGAUUGGAAAGAAAAAACAAAAUUCUGCAGCUGAACGGUGGAGUCCGAAGGUGACAAAACCAUUUGACGAAAUGAAUAGCAUCGCCUCAAAUCUCCUGCUCCACUUGACGAGUUCUAUGCGCUUCGAGGGACCUUUAAAUGUUGAUUUAAACGAGAUAACCAUGAAUUUGGUGCCAUAUCCUCGACUCCAUUACCUUACUUCAAGCAUGUCUCCGCAUUUGGCUGUUUCAGUAUGCGAAGGAACUCAGCAACGUGCAAUAAAGCAGCUCUUCACGGACGUUUUUGCGAGAGAGGCCCAACUGAUGAAAGUGAAUCCAAAUGAUUCGACCUACUUAGCUUGUGCGCUGCUAAUGCGAGGCAACUCCUGCACUAUUUCUGAUCUGCAAGAAAAUGUUGCUCGGAUGAAGAGUCGGCUCACCAUGGCUCAUUGGAACGUGGAAGGUUUCAAAGUAGGAUUAUGCAAUCAAGCUGCAGUGCACAGUCCCUGCUCUCUUCUAUGCUUGGCCAAUAACACUUGCAUACGGGGAAUCCAGGAGCCGGUUUAUUGGAAUGAAGGAGAGCUUUAAGCAGUUGUACAGACGAAAAGUUUACGUGCAUCACUACACUGAGUACAUGGAUGUUUCCGUUUUUGACACCGCCAGUAGUAAGUGAACCCUCCUUGUUAUGCAUAUAUCUCUUACUUUACUUCUACACGUGCUUAAAUUGUUUGCAGAAAUUCUUUCAAGUCACCCGGUGAUGCUUCAACUUGGAGAUAAAAUUUGAGUUAGUAAGAUUUGUGUAUUCCAAACUCAAGCUAUUUUCUGACUAGUCUUAAGGUACUACGAAAUUCCAAGGUGUUCAAUUUUCUGCCCUGUUCGAAACAAUCUAUUUUUCAGACAUGAUGGACGACUUAAUUGAGGAGUACGAAACACUGGAGACAGCUAGAACCCCUGAGCAUCUCGUGCGAUUGCAACCCAUCAUGUACCAGUAGUAGCACCACCUCCUGUGUAUUCUGCAAGUUUGCAGGUUACUUUAAUCUAGAUUACAUUCCAAUUGGGUUUCUUCCAUUAACCAUAGCUUGUCUGGCUCUCCCUUAAACCGAUUUUUUUUGGAACUUGGCCAAUAAGAUACCUACCGGUAUUUUCUGAAGUUCAUGGUGUGUACACUUUGCAUAUAUAGUGAAGAACCGGCUGAAUCGCAAAUA